GUUGUAAACUGAUAAACUGCCUGUUUCCCUUUAUUCAAAACUUUCUAACCCAUAAAACCCUUGUUCUCCCUUCUCUCUUCUCUCCAAACAAACCAAACACAUUGCAUAUAUUCCUACAAACCUAAAAACCCACAUAGACAAAAACUAAACCCUAAUAAUGGAUUCAUCUCCAUCAUCAGUUGUUUCUGAGCUAGAAGGAGCUCUUCUUAAAGACCCGGAUCCCUUUGCUUACUUCAUGUUAGUAGCGUUUGAAGCCUCAGGUUUGGUCCGGUUCGCCUUGUUGCUGCUACUAUGGCCGUUGAUUCGGUUGAUGGAGGUGAUGGGGAUGGGCGAAGCGGGACUUAAGCUAAUGAUAUUCGUGGCGGUUGCUGGAGUUAGGGAGUCGGAGAUUGAGUCGGUUGCUAGAGCUGUUUUGCCCAAGUUUUACAUGGAUGACUUGGACAUGGAGGCUUGGAAAGUGUUCAGCUCUUACGACAAGAGGGUUGUUGUGACCAAGACGCCGAGGAUUUUUGUAGAACGGUUUGUGAAGGAACAUCUAAGAGCGGAUGAGGUCGUUGGCACUGAGUUGGCUGUCAACCGAUUCGGGCUCGCCACUGGUUUCGUCAAAUCUCAAAACAUCACCUCCCAUAUAAAUGAACGAGUUUCUAACAUGUUUGAGGAUGAACCUCCUUCUGCUGGACUAGGAAGCCCAUCUUCUGUUUUUGCAUCGGUUCUAUCUGUAUGCACGGAACAAAUUUAUCCACCAUUCAUUACAAACCAAAGGCAAGACAACUCCGUCGUCCUCCGCCCACUUCCCGUGAUCUUCCACGAUGGGCGACUCGUAAAGCUUCCAACUCCGUCGACAGCUCUCCUAAUCAUCCUAUGGAUGCCCUUAGGCAUCCUCCUCGCUGUUAUUCGCAUUUCCAUCGGCUUAAUACUACCAAUGUGGGCCAUUCCCUACGUCUCCCGGCUUUUCGGAGGAAAAGUCUUGGUCAAAGGCAAGCCACCACGCCCUGCCGCCCCAGGAAACGCCGGCGUACUUUUUGUAUGCACUCACCGAACACUGAUGGACCCCGUCGUCCUCUCCACUGUCCUCGGCCGUCGCAUCCCAGCCGUUACCUACUCCAUCUCACGCCUCUCCGAAAUCCUCUCUCCAAUCCCUACCGUCCGUUUAACCAGAAUCCGCCACGUUGACGCCGAGAAAAUCAAGAGAGAGUUGUCCCACGGUGACUUAGUCGUUUGCCCCGAAGGAACGACAUGUCGUGAGCCUUUUUUGCUGAGAUUCAGCGGUCUUUUUGCCGAGUUGACAGACCGAAUCGUCCCUGUGGCGAUGAAUUACCGGGUCGGGUUCUUCCAUGCCACAACCGCUCGGGGUUGGAAAGGCCUCGACCCGAUCUUCUUCUUCAUGAAUCCUAGGCCCGUUUACGAAGUCACGUUUUUGAACCAGUUACCGACCGAGGCCACGUGUUCGUCGGGAAAGAGCCCGCAUGAUGUGGCAAACUACGUUCAGAGAAUUUUGGCCGCCACGCUAGGGUUUGAAUGCACAAACUUUACGAGGAAAGACAAAUACAGAGUUCUUGCUGGUAAUGACGGCACUGUUUCGUACACUUCUUUGGUUGAUCAGCUCAAGAUGGUGGUCAGUACCUUUAAGCCAUUUUUUCAUUAGUAGAUUGGCCACAAAUAAAUAUGGACCCCUAUUUAUUAUGUUCUUUGAUUUUUUUUUUUCUUUUUUUGUUUUUGUUAUGUAUAUUUUUGGGUUUGAUUUUUUGUUUUUGGUUUGAUUUCAAUUAUUUAUUUUGUGGAACUGUUAAAUAACUUAUGUACCAAAGGUGUACUUAUUGUUGAUGUUACUUAUCAUUAGUGUUAAUAUUUUGUUAUCCUUUGGACUUAUAUUAAUUUAUAGGUUAAUUAGCAAUU